GGAGAGAUGGAGAGAGAGAGAGAGGAGGGGGAGGGAGCUGAGAAGGCAGAAGCAACAGCUUGAGAAACCUGGGGAAACAGUGGAAAGUCGGUGUCGCUAUUAAAGGAGAAGGAAGUGGGACAGGCAAGGAAACGUACAAGUAUUAUAACAAACAUGCCUUAAAGAAGCGAGAGACGAGCGGGGGAAUUAAUUUUGGGUAAGAAAAGAUCAGAAUGAGAAGAAAGUGGGAUGAUGGAUUAGUCAUUGGAUUAAGUUGAAGCAAAAGCAGCGGAGAGGUAAGAGGAGACCCCGGGCCUGUCAGAGAGAAAGGGAGAGAGAGUGACUGUGUCCAAAACCGGGUGCAGUAGUCAGGACAGACACAGACACGGUAAAAAAAAAAUAAGAGAGGAAGUCGUUGGCAGUGGCAGCAUCUGCAUCUGAAUGAGAGUUUACGAGAGAUGCGUAUCAGAGGAUAUGGGUGAGAGGGAACUCACGUUAUGAAGACUUUAAUGCUUUGGCUGCUUCCUGCGAUUUUACUGUGCUCUUUCUUCAGUGUGGCCUUCUGGUUAUUUCUCUCCAACAAUAAUGUAGUGCCUCAUCCUUCACCUAAGAUUGGCCAAAAAGGCUCAGAUACAUCAAAAUCUUGCAAGGGAUGCAAAGACAAUCUAUUAAUUGCCAAAGCAUUGGGGAACUACUCAAGUGAAUGGAAGGCAGUGGAGGGAAACAUUAAAAAGUUCAGCACUUCUAUUCUCACGCCAGCAUGGAUUAUUUACAAGUCAAUACUAAGCAGCAAGUGUCAUGGUGUGUCUAAGGCUGUGGUCACGCAGAGUAACACACCAGUGGGUUCAAAUGUUAUUUAUGAUGGAGAAAGGAGAAAGCCACUGCAGGUGACACCUGCUCUGUUCAACAUCUUUGCUAAGCAGCCCUUUGGAAAUGCCACAUUUGAAUCGUGUGCUGUGGUGGGGAACGGAGGAAUUUUGUCCAAUAGCAGCUGUGGAGAGAAAAUAAAUUCAGCCCAGUUCGUCAUCAGAUGUAAUCUUCCACCACUAGGGAACGGAUAUGAGCAAGAUGUGGGAAACAAAACAAACUUGGUGACUGCAAACCCCAGCAUCCUCCAUGAGAAGUACAGCGGACUGAUGGAUCGACGUCGUCCGUUUGUGGAAAGCCUCCGUCCCUACGGACAAGCCUUACUGCUGCUGCCUGCAUUCUCCUACGGCCACAACACACCCGUAUCCCUGCGUGCCUUUUACACACUGGAGGACUUUGGCAGAGAAGGUCCGCUGCCCAUUUUCCUGAACCCGGACUACAUGAGGAGACUGUCGAAAUUCUGGCGCGAACGAGGGCUCAACUCGGUUCGCCCCAGCACAGGACUCAUCAUGGCUAGCUUGGCGCUAGAGAUGUGCACUAACGUCCAUUUGUACGGCUUCUGGCCUUUUAAUAAACAUCCGGACAACAGUCGUCCGAUCACCAACCAUUACUACGAUAAUCGGGAGAGCAAAAAGAACGUGCAUUCCAUGCCGGCUGAGUUCGAGCAUUUAUUAAAACUCCACAAGGAUGGUGUGCUGCAUAUACACCUGGGCGAGUGUCAACCCAACCACAGGUAAAAAACAAGCCUGAUGUACAUCCGUGUAUGUACAUCCCCACAGAAUACCUCUUCAUCUGAUCAAGAACUGAAGCUGAGAGAUUUAAGGCCUUACUGAACAUGAAGCAGCGUUGAAUGUAAAUCUGUAUCAUUUGUAUGGCUGACUUAGCAGCUAUGAACAUUCAUUGCCUUAAUUUUAGUUUUUCUUUUAAAAUAUUUUGCACAGUAAAUGAUCGGUUAAAAUGAAUGUGACGAUGUUAGCCUCUGAACUGUGAAGGAAUUUAAUUAGGAAAAUGCCUUAGAGGAGCAUCCUCCCUAAACACCCUAUGCACUCCUUCACGCGUUUAUGCCUUAGUCAGCUUUGGACAUGCUCACUAUUGGUGAUCCUACAGCUGUUGCCACUUAUUCAUGUCAAAUGCUGGAUGCUUAAAAUGAGAAGAAAUCUGAUUUCAGAUGUGCACUAUUAUUUAUAAUAGCAUGAGCACUGAAUUCAAACUCCGACAUACACUCGAAAACUUCCCUAAGCACUUUUUGAAGUGCCUUCAACUUUAUGAAGUAGACGUAUGGUGUGUGUAAAGUCUACUCAUUGGUAUCCUUCAGGAAGAUCCAUAGACCACAAUGCAACCCCAUUGCAAUGUGCAUGAACUUUCUAUACUGUAUUUUACACUGUGUUACGUUCCCAUGAAACGUAUAUUUUUGUGUUAUUCUUGUUUAUUGGUUUUGUAGUUGUUUUGUGCAUAGAGUUGUACUUUUUGUUACUUGCCUGUCCUUUUCUCCAGUGACUCCCAUUAGGAGGGAGAAAAGUAAGAGCAAGAGAGAAUGCGUUCUCCUACGGCCUGAUUGCGCACACCACCUGAUUGCUCACAUCACCUGCAGCUCAUCACAACACUACAAGCUGCCUAUAAAAGACUGUGUUCGAGUCCAGAGGAGAGAGUGAGCUUGUUGGAGACCUGUGUUGCUGCUUAUUGUUAAACUGUUGGCAUUGAAUAUAAUUUUGGGUGUUAAGCAACUAAAGUUGUAAGAGUUGCAGAAAGGCUAGUUGAAGCCUAAAUUGAAACCCUAUUUUGUUGCUGAACUUUCUCUUUGUGUUCCUGGAAGCCUGUAGGGAGGUGGGUGCCCACUUUUUACUUUUUGUAUCAUAUUUUCUCCUGUUUUUUCAAUAGGUAGGGAGGAAGGGUAUUUUUGAUGUCUUUUAUUUUGACCUUUUUGUCUGGCAGUUUAAAUAGAUUUAAUACCCCUAGGUAGAGGGCUUUAUGUUUGUUAUUUUGGGCACAUACCACUCCUGAUGCUUUUUGUUUUGCUUCCGCUGUUUCUGUUACCCCUUUUUGACUUGAAAAGAGCAGAGUUUAAACUCUAAAUAAAAUGCUCAUUUUCUUUUCCAACUGGUUGUUCGUCUUAAUUAUUUUAUUUUAACUCUUUAGUUUACUCAUUCAACUGUUACAUUAAACAUCCCUUAGACUUAAAGCCUAACGUUAAGGAAGAACGUAACAGU